CAGCAGGGACACACGUCCGGACGGACCGAGCCGGGCAGGUGCUGACGGGGGCUCAGCUGGCUGCCAGGAUCAAGGACGUCUCCCGAUACUUGAAGACCCAACGCUACGACUUCUCCUCCCCCGUGAAGAUGGCUGAAGCAUUUGCAGCGAUGAGAAAGGAGAAAAACAGCAAAGCAGUAGAAGCCGCCAGGAGAGAAUAUGAACAAUUUGUGCAGGAGCUGGACCGUGGCCACCAGAAUAUAAACUGCUGCCUGAGGGUGAAGCCUGAGGAGAUGAAGAGACGGCUGGAGGGGAAACGCAGGGAGCUGCUGAAGCAUUGCCAGGGGCAGCUGUGGGGCGAGGACCCCCAGAAACAGGCUGCCCUGAAGGUGCUGGAGCAGGGGCUGGCCGGGAAGACGUCCAAGUUCCUAACGGCCUACGGACAGCGCUUUAAAGAGAAGGCCGUGCGGUUGGGCCUGUACAUUGGAGGGAGUGUCCUGGCUUUGGUGGGUGCGGGUGUUGUGGCGGGCAUCAGCCCAAGUUUGGUGGUCAAGGUCGGAGCGGGGGGCCUUGUCCUGAUCAGGAGGAUGGUGGGAAGAUGGGUGUGGGGCUAAUUUGGUUUUAGAAUACAACAGGCACCAAUGCCCCAGGGCAGGGGGAUGAGGGGCAGGGUCUUCAGAUCAGGAGCCCCUGCUGCGGGGUGACAGAUAGUGGGGAAGAACCAUCACACCCCACCCCGUGCAAGACUCUGUCCCAGCCCUCAGCACUGGGAACCUCUGUAUGCAAAGGAUGGGGAUAGAUAGAUA